UCACCGCCACUUUCACCGCGAACGGACGUGUUUCAAGAGCUUAUUAAAAAACUUAUAAUAAUGGCGAAAAACUUUACACCAGCACAACUUAAAGAAAUCCUUGAAAAUCACGAGAAUACUAUGAUGAAAAUUUUUAAUGAUCGGAUAGAAAAAAUGGAAAUUAAAUUUAAUAACUUAAAAGAUGAAAACUUUACGUUAAAAAAAGAAUUAUCUGAGGUACAGAAAGCUGUCGAAUUUAUAAGUAAAAGCUAUGAUAAAAUAAUAAUUGAACUUACAGAAUUAAAAAAAACAGAAUCUAAAAAAUCACCAGAUGAAAGUAAUAUUGAAAAUGGAACUAAUAACAUAAAAGAGAAAAUAGCAGAACUAGAAGACAGAAGUCGUAGAAACAACUUGAGAUUUAUUGGGAUUAAAGAUAAAGCUAAUGAAACUUGGGAAGAAAGUGAGCAAAAAAUCAAAGACUUCCUCAAUACAAAGCUUAAUAUACAAGAAAAAAUUUUAAUAGAUAGAGCCCAUCGAGUUGGAAAAGAAAACGGAAAAAACAGAUCAAUAAUUGUUCGGUUUCAAAACUACAAAGACAAAGCCUUAGUGUUAAACAAAUAUACGACGAUGAAGCUAUGGAACGAACGGUUGUACGUUAACGAAGACUUUAGCGAUUUUACAAUGGAUUUACGCAGAAAGCUUUUCAAAGAAGCGAAAGAAUGGAGAGCGAAAGGUUUUGAAACAAUUUUAUUAGAAAGACAAACAAAUAAACGCGGUGGAGGAGUUCUGAUUUACGUUAAGGAACACAUUGCGCAUAACAUUAGGAAUGAUAUGUGCGUUUCUGACGGUGAUAAAGAAAUCUUAACUAUUGAAAUUUUAAACAAUAAAAAAAAUAAUAUUCUAUUAAGCUGCUGUUAUAGACCACCUGAUGGUGCGUCUGAAAAUCUUAGUUUCUUUUUACAGCAAAAUAUCAUUCACAAAGGUAGCAAAGAAAACAAAAUUACUUUUAUAAUUGGAGAUUUCAACAUGAACUGUUUAAUUUUUAAUAAAGAUAAAAAAAUAAAAAGUUUUUAUGAUGAAAUACUUAUGGCAGGAGCUGUUCCUUUAAUUAAUCGCCCUACUAGAAUAACCAAAACUUCAACUACGUUGAUUGAUAAUAUUUUUACAACGGAUAUUUAUAAUAGAAAAUUAAAAAAAGGAAUUAUAAAAACCGACAUAUCCGAUCAUUUCCCCAUUUUUCUAACAAUCCAUACUGUAUCCUCUAAUAACCCCGAAAGACAAAAUAUAAUAAAAAAACGUGUCUUCAAUGAGAGCAAUAUAAAAUCCUUCCAAUAUCAAUUAUCACUUCUGCAUUGGAAACAUAUUAACUUUAAUGAAGACGCAAAUACAAUAUAUAAUAAAUUCUUUGAUACGUUCUUCUCAAUAUACGAUGCAAACUUUCCACUUUGUGAAAAAAUAACAAAAAUAAAAACCUUAAAUAGUCCAUGGAUUACCAAAGGACUUAAAAAAUCCUCUAAAAUAAAACAGAAACUAUAUAUAAAAUAUCUAAAAACAAAAUCAAAUAAAAACCAACAAAAAUAUAAAAAUUACCAACAUUUAUUUGAAAAAAUUCGUAAAAAAUUAAAAAAAAAAUUAUUAUUCAAAUUUAAUUAGUAAAUUUAAAAACGACUCAAAAAAUACUUGGAGAACGUUGAAAGAAAUAACAGGAAAACAAAAAACAAAUUCAAACUCCCUUCCUAAAGUAAUUAAAAUAAAUAAAACAAAUAUAUAUGAACCAAACGAAAUUGCAAACGAGUUUAAUAAAUAUUUCAUUGACAUAGGAACCAAAUUGGCAAACAAGAUCCCUAUUACAGAAAAAAAUUUUAGUGAUUUCCUAGAGCCUAUAAAUAAUUCGCUUUUUACAGAUAAUUUACAUUCUGACUUAUCUUUUGAUGAGUUUGAGAUAGCUUACAAAUCUCUCAAAAGAAACAAAGCUACGGGUGCGGACGAAAUAAAUGGCAACAUAGUCAUAGAUUGCUUUGAAAACUUAAAGUGUAUUCUUUAUAAAGUCUUUAGGGCAUCUAUACAGCAAGGUGUAUUCCCCGACCAAUUAAAAAUAGCUAAAGUAACUCCUAUAUACAAAAA